AGAUUUCACAGAAUGCAGACGUGACUCGUGGCUCUUGGACUUCUCACCAACUUAGUUGGAAUUUUAAUUCAUAACAGGAAUCCAGACCAGGUAACUGAUACUUUGCCCGAUUGGUUGGAGUUGCUGGCUGCACUACCGACUUGUUCUAUUUCUCGACGACAUCUUUUGUUUAUAUAAGGAUUUUUUUGUUUAUAUAAGGAGUGUGGGGUAGAAAUUUCCCCGUGUGAUUCAGUCAACAACAUAGUUGGGCCAUAUUUUGACUCUUUAUCUUUAUAGACUAAAUAUAGUGCAGGACCUAAAUAUUGCUGGGAUUAUGUCUUUCGUGUGAGUGGGUGAACGACUCUCAACUUCCAGUCACCUGUGCACCUGUUCUUAAUUUUAAAACCAACUAAGUUGGUGAGAAAUCCCUCGUGUGUAGCGGGCUUAACCUGCAGUGCUACACCAGUAAAACAUGUGGUGCACAGCGUGGUACGAGUAUACUAGUAUGUACAUGGUGGCGCUGGUCGCUGUCCUUGCCGCGGUCAACCCGUCCGUCCUGAUCAGCCCUUCUUAGGUCUGUCGUUUGCUCAUCAUUAUCCUGUUCAACAAUCAUCAUCGGCACCAUGGCAAAGAAACUGAAGAAGACUUUAGCCAGGGGGCGUUAUUACGUAAGGAGUUCAAGCUCAAAAGCAACAUGGACGACCAAAGAGGUCUUGUCGCCAGCACCGAUGACGCUAGAUCGACCAACGCAUCAUCAAGUGACCUUGAGCCACCUGAAGGUCGUGACACCAAGGUCAUUAGCUCUAGCAUAUUCAACAUGUGUGGAUUAUGCAAACUGAAGGAGGGUCAUUAUGAAAGUUCAUUUAGCACCCGGAAAGGAAUAAACCAAACGACAGAUUCUGAAUCCCACAUUGGACCAGAUAAAGUGUCAACUACAGAAGUACAAAGUGCACCGCCUAUAUACGCAAUCAAGGAACUAGCGAUUGACCCAAUUAAGAUAACACAAAAUGGCGCACCGAGGACUGAGAAGUAUGCUGCCCGAUGGUACAUUCUGGCCUUAUUUAGUCUUUUAGGAUUUACACAGGGUUGCAUCUGGAACUGUUGGGGGCCUAUUUCUGGUUCGGCCAAGUUGGUGUUUGAAUGGGACAAUGCCAUGAUUGCGCUGCUGUCGAACUGGGGAUGCAUCUCGUCACUAAUAGCUUCCGUGGUCAUCAUAUGGUUGCUGGAGACGAGAGGUUUACGGACUACCAUACUGAUUGGCACAGGGGUCCUGGCCGUUGGAGCUUCGAUACGAUGUAUCACAAUGGAGCAGCCAUAUGCAACUUGGUUGAUGAAUAUUGGUGCUUUCCUGGAGGGUGUGUACGGGGCAGCGGCCAUGGCGGGGCCCUGUGUGGUCUCAAGCACUUGGUUCCCUGUUAAUGAAAGGACAACAGCCACUGCCAUUUCAGCCACUGCUAACUACCUCGGGAUAGCCGCUGCUUUCAUAUUAGGGCCGUUGCUGAUUCGGGAUCCAGUUGUCUAUGACAAUGGAACAAAUACAAGUUCACCUUUCGAUCCUGUCGACGGUCACUGGCUUCCUCUAAAGAACGCAUCAAACUUCCUCGAUGUGAAGAAGGACAUUGAAAAGCUGAUGUAUAUUGAAGGCGCUGUUACGGUUGUCCUGUUUCUCAUGGUUCUUUUGUAUUUCCCUGAUCGGCCGCCGAAGCCGCCCACAGUGUCAGCGGCAUCCCAGAAGACUGACUACGUCAAGGGAAUUAAACAGAUAGUUAGGAACUGGCAAGUGUGGUUACUAGGUUUGUGCUAUUCUCUCAGUGCUGGGAUCUACACCGGAUGGAGCUCCGUGCUGGAUGUCAACUUGACCCCGUUAGGGGUGCCGCAGGAUACGUCCGGAUGGCUUGGUUUUUAUGCCACUCUAGCUGGCUGUGCUACAGCGCUAUUGAUAUCAAGAAUCUCCGACCUAUUUUCUGGCCACAUGAAGUUGAUAUUGCUCUUGGCUAACCUGAUUGGUGUGGGAAUGUUCACAUGGUUCACCCUCAUCUGCGUCGGGGUGAUUCCUACCUCCACUGGUUGGAAGCCGUGGUCCUCUUGGUCGCCCUGUAGCCAAACAUGCAAAGGGGGCAGCCAAACUCGUUCCAGGGACUGCAUGAAGGUCGCACCAACAACCUGUGAAGGUAGAAGCGGUGAGCGAAGAUCGUGCAAUACAUUUCAAUGCAAAGGGGUAAAGGACCUGAUUUCCAUCUUGUCGUUACGCUCGUUCCCGCUAGGCGUCUCUAUCACACCAUCUCGCCCCCAAGCAUUCCACAUACAACAGCCAUCAAUAUUGAAUACGUACACGACAAAAAUAUAUCCUAAGAAAUUCCCGACGGAUUUCUCAAUAUUAUUAACAAUAAAACCAAAACUUCAUAACCAGGGUCAUGUUAUAACAAUAAAUGACGUGGAUGGGACGCUCAGACUCAGCAUACAAGCCGGAAUAAACCCGGUCUUUUAUUACUCAGACAAGGACAAUCUUCCGGGGAAAGGCUCCCCACGAUUUUUUGUAAAUCCUAGUGACGGAAAAUGGCACCAGGUAGCUUAUAGUGUCAAAAAAGAUACAGUGACUUUAAUUUAUGACUGUUCAUUAGAGGUAACGCGACCUUUGGAGCGUGGUCCUCGGCCAACCAUUGGCGUCAAUACUAUUACGUCAUUAGGUUCCAUAUUUGGAGACGAGUCACGUGGGACGCUGUUUGAAGGCGACAUUGAGCAGGCUAUCAUCGUGGAAGACCCGGAUGUUGCAAGGAAACAGUGCAGCUCUGUUGUUUCGCCUAUCCACGAGGAGAUCAGUGAUGGCGCUGACGUUGGAAGUGGAGACAAAGUUGAAGGGAGUGGUAAGGGAGACGGGUCUACGGUAGAAGAAGGCUCGGGCAAGGAGCCGAAAGUGGAAAGUGCGUGGUCAGAGUGGUCACCCUGCAGUGUAACGUGCGGUGAGGGUAAGAGAACUAGGACAGCAUUCUGCACCGAUAACGAACUGUCGCUGAAAGAAUGCUUGAAGGAAGGGGAAGCUAGUACCGAGUCGGGGGAGUGCAACCAAAGUGAUUGUCCAGUCAAGUGCUCAAAGCCAUGCCUGAAUGGAGGAUCAUGUGAUUAUUCCACUGGGCGCUGCGCAUGCGUGACAGGUUUCUUUGGGGUCCAGUGCGAAACGGUUGCCUGCUACCCUGGUUGUCAUAACGGAGGAGAGUGUAAACUGCCCAAUGUGUGUUCAUGUCCAGCUGGCUAUAGAGGGAGCCAGUGCGAACAAGCCAUUUGUAGCCCGCCAUGCCAAUAUGGCGGUCGAUGUAUGCGUCCUGGCUUGUGCGCAUGCCCAUACGGCUAUGCGCCACCAUACUGCACGCCCAUGUGCACGAAGCCCUGCCUGAAUGGUGGUCAGUGUGUGGGAAGGGAGGCUUGUAGGUGUCGUCCGGGGUACAGUGGCAGUCAGUGCCAGUCAGCAAUCUGUGAUAGUGGUUGUGCCAAUGGGGGCUCGUGUGUUGCGCCGAAUCGCUGCAACUGUAAGAGUGGCUUUUCGGGUAACAGAUGCCAAAAUGUCAUAUGCAACCCAGCUUGCCAGAAUGGUGGGCGCUGUCUUUUCCCAUAUUACUGCCAAUGUCGGGCUGGCACCAGCGGGAGAUACUGUGAAAAAUAUACUUGCUCAAUAUCAUGUAAAAAUGGUGGAGUUUGUUCCGGGCCCGGAACAUGUAAAUGUAAACCCGGCUAUAAUGGAAAAUAUUGUCAGACAGCCGUGUGUCGCUACCAGUGCCUCAAUGGCGGGCGGUGCGUGGGUGUUGAUAGAUGUCAGUGUCCUCCUGGUUAUUAUGGAAGGCGCUGCGAAGGCAGGAGAUGCAAAUAUACAAUGAAGACUUCGACCUACGCCAGAGGGUACAGAAAGCAGGAACGACAGGUUGUGACAACGCGGUGUGGGUACUGGAGGUGGUCUCAAUGCGCUCGACCAAGGAUCACGUAUACGAUGGUCUACCGAAUAGCCUACAGAACGGAGUACAUUUGCUCGUGACGACCACCAAGUUACUUUUAUCAAAAGCUGUAAUUAUUAUUAAUGUAUUUAACUUGUAAAUUGAAUAAAAUAAUCGUGGUACCGUGGUGAAAAA